AUGACUACGCCAAUGAGCCCAGCUGACGAUGCUUCCCUCGAUUUUGAAGAAGGCGUUUUGGUCAUCGACGUCGAGGGCUUUGAAGAUGACGUUACGGAAACGGACAAUCAGAAAUGCGGACUACCCCCAAAAAGCGGUUUUGUUCGCGACAUUGCCGAGCACAUGUCCAAGCAUUCUUCAGAAGUCUAUCGGUAUCAAUGCGGCGCAUGCCCGGCCAAAUUCGUUAGUCUCUUCCGGGCGGCAAUGCAUAUGCACCGCGUACAUCACGACAACAUCGCCGCAACCCCGAUUGACUUAAUGGAUAACAAGAUGAAAGAGUCCUACAAGUUACUCACCAUGAUCUACUUCCCGGCGGCUGUUGAAGCCGUUCAGGAGUGGUGCGGCCUUAACCUUUCUUGGAAAAACAAAGAGAGCUACUGGCGUUGUCUGCGGAAGUUGGUGACCUGUCAGGUGUGCAAAAAUGACGGCCAUUGGGGACCGAAGCAGAUGAUACCCCACGUCUUCACCCAUAUGAGCCAGCGCCCAUUCAAAUGCGGGCUGUGUCAGUAUACUGGCCUCUCAAUCUGCAUCAUUCGAAACCACAUUGCCAACAAGCACGCCAAGGUGCCUUUGAAGGUGACAAUCGGGGUUGAAAAUAACAACACUGAAGCCUUCCUGGACGAGCUGAAAUCGCUCUCUGCCCAGUGUUACCCCGACUACGAGAAGCAACUCAUCUCUAAUUUCGGCUUUAUUUUUCGAUCCAGCGAGGAGCUGGACAGAAAGUUGGUCGAGGCUCGAACAGCGGGAAAAUCAGUCAAAGUGUCGGCCAGCAAAAGAGAGGCCGAUCUUGAAGCGGCCGCAGCUAAUUUGGCCGCAAAGAUCGCAUCUCGAAAGCGGAAAGCGGAAGAAAUGGAGGCGGAAAAGCGAGCUCGCCCUGAACUUCCCGAUGUUACUACGGAAACUGCAGAGGAAUCACGUGUUCAGCCCGAAGUUGUGCCCCGGAUCGCGCCGUUUGGGUUCCCAGCUAUGCAGAAUCCGGCUCUGAUGCCUCCAAACUAUUUCUCGGCAAUGAUGUACCCACAGAUCCAAGCCUAUAUGCAACAACAAUUGGCCAUGGCUUUUGCCGCCGGCGCAAUGAUGCCGCUCGCAUUCCCCUCAUUCACCCCCAACUUCCCGUUCCUCAACCCGCACGCCUACCUCAACCAAAACAGACCCCAAGGACCGGUG